AUGCUGCAAGUGAGAGGGGAGAAUUCACGUCGUUUUAAACGAACUCCAUUUGAUUAUCGCGGAUAUAGUGAAUCACAUUUUUACGGAAUACAAUCAAAAAUAAACAAUCAAUUUGCGGAAUUUAUACUUCAAACAGCAACAUUUGCAGUAAAUGUACAGCGUGAUCGAGCUUUUUACUAUAAUAUAGCAAAAACUUGCAAAUUUUUACGCCAUCAUAUCGUUGCUUUACAUUUUAUAAUAUAUACAAUAGCCGUCGUAAUACCAUCAAUUUUGGGUCUCAUUUUGGCAGUUUUUGUUUGGCGUUCACUUAUACAACAAAUUGAUGGAAUUGUUAUGGCUCCUCCAGAUGGACUGGAACUACCAUCGUUAGUGAACAAACCGCCUGGAUUCUAUGUACCGUUACAUCGACGUCCAAUAAUUUAUUUGCAACUUGCGAAAGAGAAAUGUUUCGGAAAUAAGGGUAUAUAUCGUGAAAACAUCCUGCGACGACGAAAAAGAGUAAUCCAAAAAGGAUAA